AUGGUGGCUACUACGAGCAGCAGCGGAGCCAACUUUCGGCAGAUCACCAACAAUCUGUUCCGUCGGACUUCCUAUGCGUCUUUCCCCAAAGAUGGUGGUGCCAAGAAGGCACCUCGAGGCAGCGUGAAGACUCCCGUUAUCAAAAAGACGCGAACCACAAAGGUCAAGACAGUCCGCUUUGCGGCUGCGGCCAAGGUAACGAAUCGUCACCAGAUCGUCCAAUCGGAAGAUCUUCCCAAUGCGUGGAUCCAGCGCAAAGAUUACGCCCACAUUAGGAUGGGUAUCUUGAGUUCCAUUCAAGCCAUUACCAGCGUCUUUAGCUCCAACGAGACGUCGUUGGAUCUGUCCCAGCAUUGCCUUCGUGGCAUUGAAACCGGCAUCUCGGCAGAGCUCUACAAACGCCGCAAAUUGCGCAUCAAGUCCACUCUACUAGGCGUAUUGGAACAGCAACGCGUCCAACGUGCCAUUGGUAUCUCCGAUCCAUUGGCGCUACGAGCCAUCUCUCUCCAGUGCUCCCUUGGUGCGCAAGAGUCGGCUCGUUCCGUGGGACAGCUAGACUCCAAGCUCUAA